CCGGGCCUGGCCGAGGAUCUGGCUCCGUGGGCCGCGGGGGGGUACGGAGGUGGCGGCUGUGGGAGGAGGCGGCGCGGGAGGCCGAGGAGCUCAAGCCCGCGUCCCGAACCGCAAUCUCUGAUCCUGCAGUGCUUUGAGGGGCGAGACCGGCCGGAUGGGCCGCUGAGCCCGAAUCGGGGACCGUGUGGAGCCCCCUGGAGCUAGAAUCAGGAUGUUCCGCUUCAUGAGGGACGUGGAGCCUGAGGAUCCCAUGUUCCUGAUGGACCCCUUUGCUAUUCACCGUCAGCACAUGAACCGAAUGUUGUCAGGUGGCUUUGGAUAUAGCCCCUUCCUUAGCAUCACAGAUGGCAACAUGCCAGGGACCAGGCCUGCCAGCCGCAGGAUGCAGGCUGGGGCCGUCUCCCCCUUCGGGAUGCUGGGAAUGUCGGGUGGCUUCAUGGACAUGUUUGGGAUGAUGAACGACAUGAUCGGGAACAUGGAACACAUGACAGCUGGAGGCAAUUGCCAGACCUUUUCAACUUCCACUGUCAUCUCCUACUCCAACACGGGUGAUGGGGCACCCAAGGUCUACCAGGAGACAUCGGAGAUGCGCUCAGCACCAGGCGGGAUCCGGGAAACUCGGAGGACCGUGCGGGACUCGGACAGUGGACUGGAGCAGAUGUCCAUUGGGCAUCACAUCCGGGACCGGGCCCACAUCCUCCAGCGUUCCCGCAACCACCGCACAGGGGACCAGGAGGAGCGGCAGGACUACAUCAACCUGGAUGAGAGUGAGGCCGCAGCAUUUGACGACGAGUGGCGGAGGGAGACAUCCCGGUUCCGGCAGCAGCGCCCUCUGGAAUUCCGACGGCAUGAGGCCUCAGGGGGUGGGGGCCGGAGGGCUGAGGGGCCUCCCCGCCUGGCUAUACAGGGGCCUGAGGACUCCCCCUCCCGACAGUCCCGCCGCUAUGACUGGUGAGGGCCCUGGGCCCUCAGCCUCUCUUGUACAGGCUGAGAGGCUGGGAAAUCAUCCCCUGAAAUGACUUUCCCUCUCCAACUCCCACUCCCGAUUUAAUAUUAAAUUAACAGGCAAGCUGGUUCCCACCUCUCCCUGGGGGCCUCAGGGGGAGCCUGUCACUGCCCCGUUUACCUACUUUCUCCUUCUUUAGUCCCUUUACCAUGAUAACUCCACGUCUCCUGUAUCCGCUAACUUGAUUUUCCAUUUUGCUGCUCCAUCUUUGACCUCACCUUCCCUGUAAUACCCCUGUCAUGCAUCCCAGGGGCUCUGGGAUUGAGUUCUGGGUCUAGGGGCCUCCUCCCUCUCUCAGCUACCCGGGGUCUUUGCCCACCUCCCCCUCGGGCCCUCCCCCCCCUCAGUGCAGGGCUGCGUAGGAGGGAGAGGACUGGUUCCCAACCCUUUUUUCCUUCCUGGCCCCACCCCACCACCACCACAAAAAUCUCCCUACACCCUUCUCUGCCUUUAUUUUUUGAUUUGUGUAACUUGUAACUAGGUGUUUAUGGAAUAAAGGAGAAUGGAAAAAAGA